CACGAGAUCCGCAACCCUCUCAACGGCGUCAUCGGCUACAUCACCUUCCUGGAGGAGACCCAGCUGAACACUGAGCAGGCUGAGCUCCUGCAGACAACCCAGCAGUGCUGCCUACAGCUGAGGAGGAUCGUUGAUGACGUGCUGGACUUGUCCAACAUCGAGGAGGGCAACCUUGAGAUCCAGCACUCAACCUUCGAUCCCCUGAGCAUCAUCUACACGGUCAUGAGCCAGGUGCGAGUGGUGAUGGAGGACAAGGGGCUCGAGAUGAAGUUCGAGGCUAGCGGGAUGGAGGGAACGAUGGUGGUCGGCGACCCGGCGAGGAUCGUACAGAUCCUCUCCAACUUCGCAUGGAACGCGGCGAAGUUCACCAUGAGCGGGCACGUGAUGUUCAAGAUCGAGAAGCUGGCGCACACCAACACGCACAUGACGACGGUGAAGCGAGGGGUCCGGCACAUCGUCUUCUCGGUCAUCGACACGGGCCCUGGCAUCCCUCAGACAGUCCAGGAGAAUCUCUUCCAGCCAUUCGUGCAGGGCGACAAGUCGACGACUCGCCACCACGGAGGCACCGGCCUCGGACUGAGCAUCUGCCGUCAGCUGGCCAAGCUGAUGGGAGGAGACGUUUCUUGCCGGUCCACACUGGGCCAUGGCUCCACGUUCCAACUCGAGCUGCCGAUGGAGGUCCUGCAGAAGAGUGACGAU